GAAUGCUCAAAUCUGAUUGGUCGCUUCGCUCAGUGCUUAAAGUUUCUCCCGAGUCACCAAUCUCACAAAAUGUUUUGUACAUAGAAUAUUCAAUGGUUUUAGUCUUUCAAUAGUUCAGGUGGCAUGGCGCCAUAAGUGCAAAGAAGAAGAAGAAGGUUUUAGUCUUUCUGUCUCUCUCUCUCUCGCAUUAGUAAAUUGCACUUCGAAGUAUUUGAAUGAUAAGUAGAAGGCUUCUCAUGAAAUUCGAAUUAGAAGGCUUUCUAGAAAAGUUAAAAACCGUGAUUUCUCAGUGAGAAUUGAAUUGAGUGUUCGUAGAAAUAGCUCGUAUAUUGCGACAAAGUGUAUUCUUAAAAUUAUAACGUUAAAUAUGCAACAAGAAUUUUAUACUUCUUUUAUUAAAAUAAACGGAAUACCUCUUCUUCCACCGUUGAUGACUGACGGUAUUAGAGAAGAAAUGAGACGCUACAAAUCUUUAGCUGUCGAAGUCGAGAGAAAAAUCAAAGAAAAACAACCUCUUAAACGUAGUAAUAAAUGCGUGCAAGCUGACAUAAUAAAAUCAGUAGAUGGAUUAAAAAGUGUUAAAUAUAGUUCAGACAGCGAUAUGUCUACUCAUAAUACUCUAAGCGAUACUAAUAGUGACUCGCAUUCUAAAAUGACAAUUGUUGAACCAACGAGACAAGUCAACGGAGAACAAAGAGACAAAAAUGAUAUCCAAUUUCUAGCAUCGGAUGUACAACAAACAGAAUUCCAAAUCUGUUCACCAAAGAAUAUUGUCAAUGAUGUACAACUUGUAAUGUCAGACAUUAAUCAAAAUGAACAUGACGAUGGAACAAAAAUAGUAACACCAAAUAAAGACUCAGAAAGUUGGAAACCUGAAAUACCCAGAACAUUGGAUGUAAUUCCAAUAAUGUUAAGCGACAAAGAGAAUAAUACUCCUACACCAGUUUCCAGAGAAAGUGACAAUCCACCCAAGUUAUCUCGUCAAGGUUCUUAUGUACUGGAUACACCUAGCCCCAUGUUGCUCGCUCAUAUGCAUUCAUCAGAAUUGAGUAACAGAGACUAUGUUCCAACAUGCACCACAUCCAACAUAUCUCAGCGAAAGCAGUGGAAUAUUGCACAGUCCAAAGUAGAAUGGGAAAAUACAAAGAUUGCAGUAGAGAACACAAAAGUGUCUAACAAAACAGAUUAUGCACAAGAAUUAACUUCUCGCGCAGAAUUGAUACAUAUAGAGCCAUAUCAAAUAAAUAAAUUUAUUAAUUCUACUGAAACAAUUGUUUCUCAAGAAAAGACAGAUAAAUCUAACAUUACAUUGAACAAAAAUAGUGAAAAUACUGAUGAUAAAAAACACAGUUUGGUAGAAAAAUCUGAGAGAGAUAGUGAAGUUAAUAUAUUAAGUUUAGCGACUCAAUUGCAAGAGUCAAUGAAAGAAGAAAAUUCUAGAGCGCAGCAAGUAUUUUAUUUGAGUGAGAACGAGCAUCGUGAUAAAAUAAAAGAGUACAAAAACGAUGAAGAUGCAACUGACAAGAUGAAAUUGUUCAUCACGUCUGACAAACUGUUGACGGUUUAUAAAGAAAUCGAAGAGAUGCACAAGAAAAAAAUGGUGGAAUUGAUAAAUCGCCAGCGGAAGGAGCAAUCGCAGCUGCAAGCGGAAUUUCAGAAGCAACAGAAGCUCCUGUUAACCGAAAUACAAAAGUGUUCUUCCGAAAUGUUGCGUCAAGUAGAUGCUUCAAACGUUACUACGAAUCAGUCAUUGCUUUUAAACAACGAGACGAAUCUCGGAGAUAUUAGCGAAAAGGAAAAACACUCGAAUACGAACCCUUAUAGCAAUUUAGAUGCCGAACAGCAUAAUAAUAGUAAAGUACUGUCGACAGAUCACACAAAUGUCAUUAUGUGUCCGCUAGAAUAUAUUCCCUCGAAAAAUUUAUAUUUGCUUAGACAUUGUAAAUCUUCCAUUACGAACGCUUUUCCAUCGACUCUUGAUUUCGACUUUACAGAAAAACAGAAUUUGUGCGACGUUACAUAUAAUAACAAUAAUAAUGACGACGAUAUUACAAAUGGCAAUCACAAGUCGUACGAUCGUGUUGUAUUUAGAAGUUCGACCGUAAAUCGCCAGUUAUUUCCUUUAGAUAGCAACACUACGCACGUACCAGUAAUAGAUACUUCGGUAUAUCUCGAUAAACAUAUACACGCGGUGAAUAUUAUUAACGCUUAUGCACGAGGUUAUUUAGUACGCAGAUUAAUGCGAACUCAACGUGUCAUCACGUUAAAAAAGAUAUACAAGGAAGCGUUACAAUGUAUGCUCAAAUUGCACGUUGAUGCGCCCUUGAGCCUGGCGGAAGUCGAUUUUCUUCAUCGUCUCCAAUUACAAUGCGAUGCAGCCUCUAUGAACAUAGUCGAAUUGUUUGCCCAAUCUCCGGCAAAGAGAAUGAAAGUAAUAGCUCACGAUCGCGAGAUCAAGCAAUCCCGAGCGGAACGUCCAGCUUCGGCUCGAUCGUAUUCAUUUGCUACCCAAAAAACUCUGGCGAGAAAAAAUCUAAAGGAAUUUGAAUCUACAAUGAUAAAGUAUCAGCAACCGUCGACUGUCAAAAAGAGUUCCACAAGGUCUAGAUGCCAAACUUGGACUUCUGACAUAAGAGACAAACACGUGUCGCCAAAUCCAUUGCACCAAACUAUUAGAAGGAGCACCAGUACGGGGACUGUUCGAAAGCCAUGGCGAUGAUAAGACGAAGUGCCUUAACGACCUUGAUUAAGCAUUAAACACCAAUUUUACUAUUAAGCAAAAGUUAUGCGCAAAAAUAUGGCUUUUAAUAAUUUUAUAUUAUUUGAAGCGCGUCGUGUCUUAGCUUAUUUAUCUGACUGAAAAAAGCACGACUGGUGCCUGCGAUGUUUCCAAUAAAUUACUUUCUAUUAUUACUGUUAUUUCUUGACUGAUAUAAUACUUAACUGUGAUAUAUGAGUAUAUGUACGUCUGAUUAUAUUGCUUCCUAUGUAAUUGUAUUUAAAGAGGCUAACGAAACAAAGAUUUAUUACAAUAACCGAGAACAAGAUAUAUUUCUGACUACAUUGUUUAACAUCGAAUAAAUUAAUAUUUUAUUGUCGGGAAAGUUGAUUGUGUAACACUGCGAAAGAAGA